AUGUCUCUUUCUCUCUCUCUUUCUCUUUCUCUCUCUUUCUCUUUCUCCCUCUUUCUCUUUCUCUUUCUCUUUCUCCCUCUCUCUCACUCUAUCACUCUUUUGUGGGUUCUUAAGUGUUUUUUUUUUUUGUUGUUUUUUUUUUUUUCAAUUUUGGUUCUAUCUAUCUAUCUAUCUUUUUCAGUAUUUUCUUUUCUAUCUAUCUAUCUAUCUAUCUAUCUAUCUAUCUAUCUAUCUAUCUAUCCUUUUUUUUACUUUCUUUUUUAUUUCUAUCUAUCUAUCUAUCUAUCUAUCUAUCUCUAUCUAUCUAUCUAUCUCAGUAUGUUUUACUCCCUUUGUUUGUUACUUUCUUCUUUGUUUGUUUGCUUGUUUAUUUGUUCGUUUCUUUCAAUCUCAAUAUCCUCUUUUCUUUCUUUCUUUCUUUUUCACUAUUCUCUUUUCUUUCUUUCUUUCUUUCUUUCUAUCUAUCGAUCUAUCUCUCUCUCUCUCUCUCUCUUAUAUAUAUAUAUAUAUAUAUAUAUAUAUGUAUAUAUAUAUCGCUAUUCACUUUUCUAUCUAUCUAUCUAUCUAUCUAUCUAUCUAUCUAUCUAUCUCUGA